ACCCUUUAUCAUAUCCGACAUAUCCAAUUGAAAUCUCAUUUUCCCUUUUUUUUCCGCCGCGUACUCUCAACCUCUUUCCCCAAAUUUAGCCUGGAAUAGUACCUCGUUAUAUGCUCCGAUGGGUCGUAUUCUAGUCACUGGCUCUGCGGAUAGACUCGGCCUCAAGGCUGCCCGACGGCUAGUUCAACGAGGACAUACCGUUUACCUCCAUGCGCGCAAUGAAAAACGCGCGCUGGACACCAAGUCAGCCUGUCCCGGUGCUGCGGGAGUCUUGACAGCCGAUUUAUCCAACCUUGCCAAGACCCUCCAACUUGCCAAAGAAGCGAACGCUAUUGGCAAUUUCAAUGCCAUUAUUCACAACGCCGGAAUGCUAGACGGUCCCUUCCGAAAGACUCCGGACACCGGCAUAGCGUCUGUCAACGUCCUCGCACCGUACGUACUUUCGUGUCUAAUGCGCCCGCCAAAGCGCAUUGUUUAUAUUGCAUCGUGUUGGGACACAGAGUCUUCGUUCCGUCUCGUGGAGGACGUCUUUCGGUUCAGACGGGGAGAGGCUGGGUUUCGGGAUUUCCCUGCAUACUGCGACUCCAAGUUCCAUGUCAUGCUUCUCGCCAAUGCGGUAGCUCGGAGAUUCAAGAACACAACAGUGUCUUCAGUGCACCCGGGCUGGGUUGCAACGAAACCGGGUGGACAGGGUGCACCGGAUAGCUUGGAGGAUGGCGUGGCAACGUAUGUCAUGUUGGCUGAGGGGUGUGAUGCCCCGAACCAGCCGGGGAGGUAUUUCGACCCGAAGAAGAAGGUCGGGACGCCGCUUCCCGCCACGGCAGAUGUCCAGCUGCAAGAGAAGCUUGUCAAGGCUUGUGAAGAUGUGACGGGUCUGACACUUCCCAUCUAG